AGCCUCAGCGGAGCAAGGCCAUGGAUUUUCCAGCACAAAUGAACAUAGCGGAGGAGCUGACCUGCCCCAUGUGCCUGCAGCUCCUGACAGAACCCCUGAGCCUGGACUGUGGCCACAGCUUCUGCCAAGCUUGCAUCACUGCAAACAAUGAGUCCGUGAGCGCCCCAGGAGGGGAAUGCCACUGUCCUGUGUGCCAGAGCAGAUACCAGCCUUGGAACCUGUGUCCUAAUCUGCAGCUGGCCAACAGAGUGAAGAAACUCAUGGAGGUCAACACGACGUCACAACAGUGGCAGGGGGCAGAUCUCUGUGAGCAGCACGGGGAAAACCGCCUUAUCUUCUGUAAGGAGGAUGGGAAGGCCAUUUGCAAGCUUUGUGUGCUGUCUGUGGAGCACCAUGGUCACCAAAUGUUCCCCAUUGAACAAGUGGCCCAGGAAUGUCAGGAGAAGCUACAGGAAGCUCUGAAGAGGCUGACAGAGGAGGAGCAGGAAGCUGACAAGAUAGAAGCUGACAUCAGUGACGAGAGAGCUACCUGGGAGAAUCAUAUGCAGACUGAGAGACAGAGGAUUCUGGAAUGGUUUGAUGAAAUGAGAGGCAUCUUGGACCAGGAGGAGCGGAAGGAGCUGCAAAAGCUGGAGGAUGAUGAAGUGAAUGUGCUGAAUGACUUGGCAGUGGCUAAAGAUCAGCUGGCUUGGCAGAGGCAGUGCAUGAGGGAGCUCAUCUUGGAUCUCCAGCAUCAGAUAUGGGGGUUAUCAAUAGACACACUGCAGGAUGUGAUGAAUGUCGUAAGAAGGAGCGAGAGCUGGACCUUGAAGAAGCCAAAAAUUCUUUCUGAGAAACUGAAGAGUGCAUUCCGAGCUCCAGAUCUGAGCAGGAUACUACAAUUGUUUAAAGGGUUGACAGAAGUCCAAAGCUACUGGGUGGACUUUAUGCUGAAUCCAGUCAAUGCUCUUUCGGGUGUUGUCCUUUCUGAAGAUCACAGACAAGUGACAGUUGAGAAGAGUUUUAUGUUUAAGAAUGUAUAUCCAUGCAACUUUUCUGCUUUUGAUGUCUUGGGUUGCCAAAAUUUCUCCUCAGGGAAAUAUUACUGGGAAGUAGAUGUGUCUGGGAAGAGAGCCUGGAUCUUGGGGGUAUUCAGUAACACAAGCAACCUCAAUAGAAAAAAAAGCUCUGGGUUUGUUUUUGACCCAAAUGUAAGUUACCAAAAUGUUUACUAUAGAUUCAGACCUGAAAAUGGCUACUGGGUUGUAGGAUUACAGAAUGAAUCUGAGUACAAUGCCUUUGAGGACUCUUCCACCGCUGAUCCCAAGGUCUUGACUCUUUCCAUGGCUGUUGUUCCCUGUCGUGUUGGCGUUUUCCUAGACUAUGAAGCAGGCACUGUCUCAUUUUUUAACGUCACAAACCACGGGUCACUCAUCUACAAGUUCUCUAAAUGUCGCUUUUCUCAAACUGUUUAUCCGUAUUUCAAUCCUUGGCACUGUCCAGCUCCCAUGACUCUGUGCCAGCCCAACUCCUGAACCUUUUCCUUCCCUCACCCACUUGCAGCAUCCCUGUCCCAGUGUCAUCUGUACCCUUCAUACCAUCUCUUCCUUGCUGUCUCUUUUUUAGAACUUUUCCUCAUCCUUGGGAUCUGCACUGUUUCUGGCUUGAGUUAGGAGAGGAGCUCAUUCAUCCAUUUUUGUAUUCUCAAAGAAAGACAUCAGAGUCCCUCCUAAAGACAGAGCAGGAUUGGUAUAGCAUCUUUGGCCUUUUAUUUAUCCAUAUUUUCCUUUAUCAGUGUCCUGAAGAGAUAUGGCUAAGCCUGUCUUCCACCAUCCAUGAUCCUAGGACAGUUCAUAAUAACCCCUAUCCACCACCAACAACAAAGGAGUCCUUGAGUGUAGGUCUGUUUGUUGCCCAGGAUAUAGCAAGGAAAGAAAAACAAAAGUAAUAUAUAUACUCAGAGUGAAAAUUCUGUGUUCAGAGUGUUUCACUUCAUCCUGUCUUUUAUAAGCUGUGUAAUAAUGAAUAAAUCUGGGUUUCUUUUUCCCAAAAUAGAUAUUGAGUUUUAAAACUAUUCCUAACUCUUAAUGUCAUUGUCUACAACUUCCACUCAAUGAAACGUACCUACGUAAGUGUCCUGCACAAUAUAAUAAA